AUGCCCCGCCUCGUCCCACCCGCCGAGCUGCCCGCCAGUCUCGUGGACGCCUUUGCCGAACUCGACAUGUCCAAUUCCAAGAACAACUCCUCCCACUCCCAUCCACACGUCAAGCGAGAAGAACAACCAGACCAGUGGUACAACGACACCCGUCAUUCCAAAUCACCCAUCCACGUCGUCAAAGAGGACCCAGUCAACGUCGUCAAAGAGGACCCAAUCAACGUCGUCAAAAAGGACCCAGUCAACGUCGCCCAUCUUUCCUCUAUCAAAAAGGAGCAUUCCAAGUCACCCUCCUUCAUCAAAGAAAAACCAGCCAACAUCAUCAACGAGCAAGACCUCAUCUACUCCUCCUCCUCCUCCUUCUCACCUAAGGUCGGAUGGUACUUUGCCCAUCGUCUCGACUUGGAUCGCGCCCGCAAACUCGGAUCUGUCAUGCUGCCGGAUGGAACGAAGGCGUUGCAGCUACGUGCCGAGGACGUGGCGGCGUUGAGGCAGGCGGGAUGGAUGGCGUUGCGGGGAAUUGCCAUCGUGUACUAUGACAAUGGCAUGCAGCAGGAUGUUGUCAAGAAGGAAGAGAUGGAAGGUGAGGGGGUGGAUCUCGAAGCGAUGGGAGAGCGGUUGCAGAGACUGAAGCAGUGA